AUGAAAGAAAUGAAAGAAAUGAAAGAAAUGGAGAAAGAGAAAGAAAUGGAGAAAGAAGCAGAGACAGAGAAAGACAAAGAAAUAGAAGCAGAAGCAGAAGCAGAGAGAGAAGAAGGAGCAGCAGCAGCGCGAGGCAGCAAGACGAAGGCACCACCGCAAGCAUGCUCGCCGACAGGGGUUUUUGCCAUCAGGCUCAUAGAGGCCCGCCAUAUGCCUCCAAGAAAGCGGGAGGAAAACAGAAAAGUGUUUUUGAGCUGGCUCUGCUCCAAAGACUUUUACUCUGAAGACAGGCAGGGCGCCCCAGCGAAUAGAGAGGAAUUCGUUAACAGCUUACUGGACUCGCACAGCUCAGUACGUGUCACCAAGCGCCUCAUAGCGGAGGAGAACAAAGAGCACUCCUUCUGCCUGGACUUCGAGGAAGUGAAGUCUGGGAAAAAUCAAAUUUGUUUAUUUGAGUGUCGCCGGGGGAAGCUGGUGCGGGUUUAUGCAUUUAGAGACAGCGAGGACUUGACGAACGAGAAGUUGUCGUUUGACGAGUUAAAGAAAACCCGAAUUUAUCAGAGAGCGUUUAAGUACUUCACAAGAAAAGGCGUUCCUGAGGACGCGAAGUUGGUUUACCACGACUAUGUGAAUGACCCCGAGAUCCGGGUUGGCUAG